CUCAAACAAGAAGACGAAUUCAGAUCUAACUGAGUCGAGAAAGAGAGAGAGAGAUAUGUUCGGAAGGCUGAGACCGCCACCAUCAUCGCCGGACUGUUUGGAGAGAUAUCCGGCGAAGAUCAUCAAAGACGAUCCUCUCUCUGUAUACGAGUCAACACUGUUGAAGCUGAAGCAAGGAUCAAAACUAGAGACUGAGGGUGAGGUGAAUCUGUCAUCAUCAUCAUCAUCAUCAUCGUCUCAGGUCUUCUCUUCGGAUUCACAACCAGGAGACACUCAUGAUGCAAUGGCUAUAGAAUCAUGUGAAAGCUCGAAACAGUUAAAGAACAAGAAGAACCCAUCAGUAAUGUCCAUGUUUUGCAAGUACAAGAAUCAAGCUCAAGCACGAAACAUGAAGACAGAGACGACUCAAGAGUGAUUUGUAAACACAUAUCUCUCAAGUUCAUAUGUAUUGAUUGUAUUUUGAUUUUGUACAACUUAACUAGACAACUAUGUUUUGUAAGGAGCCUAUAGAAAAAUAAUGUAACUUUUUCAGUAUGCAAUUCAUGCAACAUGUUCCAUAGUCCGGAACAAAAUGAUCGAUCCC